CUACUCAAGAACGUUGCUGUUGAAGAUUAAGCUUAAAAGGAAUAUCCCGCCCUCCACCAUGGAUCAGACAUUCGGAUGAAACAGACACUCAUUCAGCCAAGCCAAACGGUUGUACUAUUCUAUUCCAUUCUUUCUUUAGUAUACAAAAGCAUCACUUUAUUAUCUUAUACUCUGCCUUCGUCGUUAUUGCGCUUCGUGAUUUCUUUGCCUAGGUCUUCCGUCUCCCACCUCAAGGAACAAUCAAUCCUUAGGACGGAGCAGCAGAAGCAGUAAAAAAAAGGACCCGGAGUUCUAUUUACACAAUGGCUGACGGACUUAACCAAGCACGCGCCCUGAGGGUAGCUGAGCUCAUGAACGAUUACCGUACUCUUCUUCUACACAUCUCCCAGCUCAAUGUCUCGGUACCAGCGGAGGAUCAAGCGGAGGAUGGCUAUCGGGUGCUCAGAGAGUGCCUUGCGGCUGCGAAUGCCUUGAUGAGUUCGCACUACAGCCCUAGCCCACCACCAACGAAUACUUCGAACGAGGAGGCUGAAAGGGCCCAAUUGCGGAGAGUUAUACUUGACGGCAGUGCGAGACGGUUCCAAGCUCAUCGCAUCUACCUUCGAGCAGCAGCAGCCAAGCGAUGGGUCAUGCACCGAGGCAAUAUCCUUCAAGGACAAAGGCCGGGGCAGCAACACGCGGACCAGAUCAAAGCCGUGAAUGGCACCUUCCGGCAGGAACUCGCACAAAUAUCCAAUCAGCAUGUUGUCGCUGAUCUCCGGGCCGCUGAUGUACGGGCGGGUCACUGGCUUGACGACGACCCGACAUUGGAUGCUAUUCUCUCUUGGAUCCGGUCUCAUCCAUGAGCGCAGGACUUUCGCUUUCUGGACUGAGAUUGCACGCUGGUUCGCCAAGCAGAGAAACAGACCGAAAAUAUACGCUAAUGAUACGAUGGAUUGACUCUAUGACACGACAUUCUUCUUCAUCCCUUCUC